AUGAGCCUCGGGUUGGACAGGCCAGAACCACCGCAAUUUAAGCGGCUGAGGGAUGAAGCACAAUGCCCCUUUCAAGAAAACCGCCGAAUUCUAUUCUGCUUAUCACGUGCUGCCUGCUUACAACUGGCUCAACUUUCGAUAAGGGUUGGUUUAUUCAGUCACUUAGCUGAAUGGUUAAGCAGUCGAACAAGGAUAAACUUGCUCCAAAAAGACUUUAAAAGAGUUGCAAACGCACCAUAUGAUGUGCAACUCACAAUACAACAUCUUCUCCUUCCUCUCAAGCAUUUUGACAUACCCCUUUAUAACCACUUGGAGAAAUAUAUCCAAUUUGAAAUGAGCGCCGAAGAUUUGAAAGAAGCAAUCGACGCAAAAUUCAAACAACUUGAGGCAGCUAUUAAACUUGACACUGGUGACGAGUUGCAACUGGUUGAAGAACCCCUUAAUGGGGCAGGAGUUCUUGGGAAUGAAGCCUCAGUCAAAUAUAGUUCAAGAUACGUUCAAGCGGAAUUCGAAAGUGAAGACCCUGGCAUCGCAGCAAAAUACCAGCCUUCCAAGGCAUUCGUGGUGAUCAACAUUCGAAUCUUGGCUGCUUUAUCAAUCCUGGUGGUGAUAAUUUCAACGUGGGCUUUCAAAUCUUUCUCGAAGCUAGAUGGUAGAGUUGUUUCUGGAUACCAGAGCACACAUCAAAGUUGGACUAUGGAUAUCCCUGUAUUUUGA